AUGUACGCGAGGUAUGUGCCUCCGCCAAAAGGCGCAAAGGCCACACCGCCUGCCGCGUCGACGGCCUCAGCUUUACCUGUCUCUUCACCAGCUCCCAAGUCAGACGCCAUAGCUUCAAAACUUGUCGAGGAAUUCAGCUACACUCGCUACGUCCCCGGUGCCAAGGCUACAACGAAGCCCUCAGCCGCGCCUGUUGCUGUGCAAAAGUCAAUACAAUAUUUCGACGAUGACGCCAGCUCGACACCGAAGCGGAAACGAGAGGCCGCAACCGAAACACAAGGGUCCGGAAGCAAAAAGAUUAGGACUGCGAAGGACGAUGGGCGUGCACCUCACAGCUCUGUUGGCGACAAUGGAGCGGUAAAUUCGCAGCCGGGCGAGAAGAAGAAGAAGAAUCGGAGGAAGCGAAAGCAACGGACGAAGGCUGGUGAUUCUUCGGACGAUUCUGACGAGGAGGUAAAACCUGCCGCUCCAAAAUCGGCCCCAAAACCACAAGAAGAGGAUGAUGCUACCAACUCACGGCAAGAAGAACCCAUGGCCGUUGAAGAUGCGCCUCAAACGGUGGACGAAAAGCCAAGGGACAGCGACGUGGAGAUGGACGAAGCGCCAGCCAUCGACGAGUCAAAGACACAAGUAAAGGAAAAGAGGCCUAAGCGGGAGAAGAAGAAGAAGACGGUCAAAGAAGAUGCGGAUGAGCAGGAUGCGAACGAGCUGGCACGACACAAGGCCGUUUUAGAACGCAAGACCAAGUCUAUAAAGUUGGCUACCGAAGGCGCUCGAAACAAGCAGGAUGAGUCAGACGAGGAAUCAGUUGAAUCACACGGUUUGGAACCGCUACCCCAACCGAUUCCCGUACCUGAAGACGAAAGCAAACCAACGUACGACACACUCCCUCCGUGGCUAGCAAACCCCAUACGAGUUGCGCAAGACACAAAGGCCCCGUUUGCAGACCUAGGCAUCCUGCCACGACCAGCGCGGAUACUAGCGGAGAAGGGCUACUCUGAGGCAUUUGCAGUACAAACGGCUGCGAUCCCUCUGCUCCUUCCAACAAGCAAACACCGACCAGGAGAUUUGCUAGUGUCCGCAGCCACAGGAUCUGGCAAAACACUAGCAUACGCACUACCUAUUGUUCGCGACAUUAGCAACAGUGUCGUCACAAGGUUGAGAGCUCUGGUCGUCCUUCCAACACGAGAACUUGUCAAACAAGCCCAAGAAGUCUUUGAGAACUGCGCCAAAGCUUACGAGGGAGAACCCCGGAAACGAGUCCGCAUUGGAGUAGCCAUUGGCAGUCAAGCUAUAAAAUCUGAGCAAGAGGCUUUUAUUGAACGGGAAUCACGAUACGACCCCGAGGCGUAUGCAUGCAUACGAGAAGAACAGCGGCAACGGCGCGCAAAGCAACCGUCUUCCGCAGAUGUUGACAAUGCGUUGGAUUCUGAGGCUACCAAUAGCGGCGACCCCCGGCUCGGACCUUGGAAAGGCGAAGUUGUUGACUUUUCCUCCAAGGUAGACGUCCUGAUUUGCACACCCGGUCGCCUAGUAGAGCACAUUGAGCAAACGCCUGGUUUCAGCCUCGACUACGUCCGCUGGCUUGUUGUCGAUGAAGCCGACAAGCUCCUCGCGCAAAGUUUCCAGGGCUGGCUGGACCUCGUUCUUGAAAAGUUUCAAGUGGAAAGAUUUAGUGCCCGCGACUUCCCGGAUAUGGCUUAUUCGGGCGUCCGCAAGGUCAUUCUCAGCGCUACCUUGACGAGGGACCUCAGUCUGUUGAAUCAGCUGGCGCUGAGGAGGCCGCAGCUUAUUGUCUUGGAGAAUGACGGAGCCGUGCAGGUCGCGGAGCAUACUUUGCCGGUUGGCCUGCGGGAGUUUGCGGUGCGUGUGCACGAGACGAACCUUAAGCCGCUGUAUCUUUUGGACCUUUUGAGGGGAUCUCACAUGACGAGUGGUGGAAAUGGGGAUUCUUCAUCGACGCUGCAGGCGGAUAAGGAGUCGGAGUCUGACAGCUCUGAUACGUCCUCAGACUCAGGCUCAGACUCAGACUCAGACUCAGACUCAGAUACAUCCUCCGACUCAGACACUUCAGACGCCUCCAGCUCACACAAACCUUCGCCGCCGACAUCAAAAUCGCAACUCCCCAUCUCCCUCAUCUUCACCAAGUCCAACGAAUCAGCCCUCCGACUCUCCCGCCUGCUCACCCUCCUCGACAGCUCCCUCACCAGCCAAAUCAGCACCCUAACAUCCACCACGCCAACGCACAUCCGCCGUAAGAUCCUCCGCGCAUUCACAACGCCCUCGUCACCCGUGCGCCUCAUCAUCGCGUCCGAUCUCGUGGCGCGAGGUAUCGAUAUCCCCAAGCUCGGGCACGUCAUCAACUAUGACCUACCGGCGAGUGUAGCGGCAUACGUCCACCGCGUGGGUCGAACAGCCCGCGCUGGACGAUCUGGAUGUUCAUGGACAUUGGUAGGCGACGACGAAAGCGGUUGGUUCUGGGGCAAAAUUGCGAAAAACCAGGCCGUCAGAAGAGCGCAAAAGGUGGAGAGAACGAGAAUAGAGGAGAUGGGAGAGGAGAGAGUGCAUGAGUACGAGGCUGCGUUGGCGAAGCUCGGCAAAGAGGCGUUGGAGUUGAGAAGAAGUAAAUAA